AUGAGACUUUUAUCAGAAGACAGAACACGGAUUUUAUUUGAAAAACUAACUAAAUAUAUUGGCGUAAAUGUAAAACUUCUCAUAGAUCGCCCUGAUGGUACUUAUUGCUUUCGAGAAAAAAAAGACAGAGUAUAUUAUAUAUCUGAACGUUUGUUACAAUUGGCUCAUACAGUGAAACCGGAUCAUCUAAUAUCUGCAGGGACAUGCUUUGGAAAAUUUACAAAGACUAAUAAAUUUAGGUUGCAUAUAACAGCACUUACAUAUAUUGCACCAUAUGCACCAUUCAAAAUAUGGGUUAAACCUUCAGCAGAACAACAAUUUCUUUACGGACACCAUGUUAUCAAGAGUGGUUUAGGCAGAAUAACAGAAAAUACACCAAAACAUCAAGGUGUAGUAAUAAAUACAAUGUCCGACAUUCCUAUUGGGUUUGGAGUGGUAGCACGGUCAACUACUGAAUGCAGAAAUGCUGAUCCAUUAGCAACUAUUGCUUUCCACCAAGCUGAUGUGGGAGAAUAUAUAAGAUCAGAAGACACUUUAGUG